AUGGCUGGAGUCAAACGUGCUACUCUUUUAGUUUGCCGAUGGUCGUCCGGCCUUGUCUGCUACCUCAUCGGUUACCACCCGUUCGCGAAAGACCAGGCUUGUUCGCUACUCGCCAUCCUGCACAGAGCCUUUUACAAGGAGAUUCUCUCAGCAAGCGGGGAUGCUAGUAACGAAAUCCUCGUUGGUAGCAGCCUCAUCAGCACCUCAGAAGGUUCCUCUGGUAUAGCGGAAAGCUCGGACGAUGGCGACGCGGAAACAGGGAUCUUGUCAGCCACGUCGUCGUCGCUUGCCACGUCGACGUCGCGUGCCACGUCAGACACGACCGUUGGCGACGGCGACGUGUUUAAGGACGUCCAUAAACCCGCUCCGAAAGAACUGUCGGGCGAGAUUCUCGAAGCCAUCAGCCAAUCCAUGGCAUCCACGUCAGCGCGCUAUCGUGGCGUGGCGGGUAGUGGCCUACCCUCCUUAGAUCCCUAUCCCGACGCGCCCGAUGCGUACUUUACUUCCGUUCAGGAGCCGCCGCCUCUGCCGGGGAGUGAUGGAGAUAGUAGUAGCGAGGAUGAAGACGAAGCGGCGGGAGUGGCGAGGAGGCGGAGAGAGCGGGAGAGAAGGAAGGAGGAGAGGGAGAGGAGGGAGAAGAAGGGGCAGGAAGGCGGGGCGGAAGGGGCGACGGCGGAUGAGGGGAGCGGGGAAGGGGGGGGCGAGAAGCCGGAGGGCGUUACGUAUGAGGAAACUAGGGUUGGAGCAGAAAGGGGUGAAGGAGGGGAGAAAAUAAUUGUAGCAACAGCAACAGCAACAGCAGCAGCAGCAGCAGCAGCAGCAGCAGCAGCAGCAGCAGCAGCAGCAGCAGCAGCAGCAACCGCACCAAUGACAUUAGCAGCUGCAGCACGAGACAGCCAGUCAGUAGACAUCUCGGUCGGGGUCCGGGAACUCCCGAGCCUGGCCCCGAACCUCCCGCCGUGGCUCGGCACCCCGCUGAUGGCCGAGGCAGCGGGAGGUUCGGCCGCGGCGGCGGCGGCGGCGGCGGCGGAGUGCGCGUCCCCCGACAUUGGUCGGUGGCGGGAGACGCGGAUUAAGGAGAAACAGCGCGCCGGCGGCGGGCUGGGGGGGGGGCUAGUAGCGGGGAUGAGUGAGGAGAGAAAGCAGAGCGAGGUGGGAAACAAGAGUGAGCAGCAGCAGCAGCAGUCGGGGGAGCAAGGGCAGGGGCAGGGGGAGCAGGAACAGAGGCAGGGGCAGGGGCAAGAGGGGGAAGGUGCUGAGUUGGGCCCUUCGGGUUCGUUCUCCUACUCGGAUGACACGAAACAGGAGCAGGAGCAGGGGCACCAGCAGGGGCAGCAGGGGCAGCAAGAACAGGGACAGGGACAGGGACAGGGACAGCAGGGGCAAGAAGGUUCUGAGGGGCUGGAGGUGGAAAUACUGGGAGCUGAUUCGUUGGGCGACGCACAGUUGGAGCUUCAGCCGCAGAAGCAGCAGCAGCAGCAGCAGCAGCAGCAGCAGCAGCAGCAGCAGCAGCAGCAGCAGCAGCAGCAGCAGCAGCAGCAGCAGCAGCAGCAGCAGCAGCAGCAGUCACAACAGUCACAGCAGUCGAGUAUCUGGAGCCGCUUCUCUGGGCGAGCGCCUUCCCCGUCCCGCAUGCUGCGCCGAGCUCUCACUCCCCCUCGUUCCGCCCGCACCCCCCCGCGCUCCUCCCCCACUCCCCCCCGUUCCACCCCCACGCCCCCCCGCUCCCCAACGCCCCCUCACUCCCCCACCGCCCCCCGCUCCCAGACCCUUCCCUUCCCCGUAACGCCCCCAAGGUCCCCCAGUCACGGGGUGUCCGCGGGAAAGGGGGCGCAGGGGGAAGGGGAGAAAGCAGGGUGGCGCAGGCGGCGGAAGAGUGAAGGGGGAGGCGGAACUGGGGGGUGGGCGGAGGGUCUGGGCGAAGAGGUGGGGGGGGUGAGCGGGCGGAGCAGCAGCAACAGCGCCGGUGGCGGUGAGAAUGGUAUAGCUCCUGCUGAUGCUGGUACUGAUGCUACUGCUGCUGCUGCUGCUGCUGCUGCUGCUGAUCUUGACACAGCCACUGCCGAGGCCAAUCCACGCUAUGCCAUGAAUCGCAGCAGCAGCACGGACGGAAUCGCAGCUCGCUCCACCACCACCACUGGCAGCACCACCGGCAUCAGCGCCAGCGCCAGCAACAGCAACAGCAACAGCGGCGGCGGCGGCGGCGGCGGCACAAGGAUGGGGCGGUUCAUGCGUUGGUUCCCCAGAAAGUCCACCUCAACCUCCUCCUCACCCAUGCCCUUGUCUUCCAAGCCUAUGCCUUCCGAGCCUUUGCCUUCCGAGCCUAUGUCUUCCGAGCCUUUGCCUUCCGAGCCAUUGCUUUCCGAGCCUUUUGAGCCAUCGCAAACCUCUGCUACGUCCGCUCUGCCACGCGACCCCACACUCGCGCCCACUCCCUCUCUCUCCACCAACCCGCCUUCCGCUGACCCUCGUUCCGCUCACCCUCCUGCUCUUAGCAUCCCUACUGAUGGAGUUUCGCCUGUAGCUGAGUCCUCUCACGCAGCUGGUACAGCUGCAUCUGUAGCGGCUGUAGCAGCUUCCAGCCAAUCAGCAGCGACAGCCUCUGAUAGGGCCCAUCCACUUGGCACUCCAGUCUCGCCACGUCAGCCGCAAGCCAAGGAGGACUACCCAGCCCCUCCUCCUUCCGAACCUGAGUCCGAACCUGUUUCCGAACCUCCAUCCGAACCAGCUUCGGAACACCCUUCCGAGCCUGUUUCCGAGCCUGCAAUGGGGUCAGGCAGGGGGGAGAAAGAGUACCACCCACGUAUUCCCAAAUCAGACAGUAAUGAUGGGAGAAGAGGGGUUUUAGUGACUAUAAAGGGCCCUCCGUUUCCUGUUUUUUGCACUACUGGGGAUACUGUAGAUUCGCCUGAUUAUGACGCAGCCGAUGCUAACACAGGUUUCACAGCAGCAUCGGGGAAUUCUGGUCCGGUAUCAGGCUCGGCGGAAGGUCCGGCAGAUGGCUCGGGUGGAGCAGGGAGAGCUCGAAGGAGGUUCGGUGUUUUCCGAAGCGCGUCGACGACUGGUUCGGCAACGGGAGGAGGAGGCGAGUUUCGAGAGUAUAAGACCUUUAAGGAGCAUCUUAUGGACAAGCACAAAUCGCAGCAGAAAGAGCCGCGCGAUAAGGGGGAUAAGGAGCAGAAGGAGAAAAGGGAGAAAAGGGAGAAGAAGGAGAAGAAAGCAGAGGAAAGUCAUAGCAGAGGAGAAGGGCAGCCUCGGGAGCCCAGGGAGAAAAAAGUCCUAGGUCUUGGGCUAGGCCUUGGCCUCCCAUCGCUCUCCACCUCGCCUUCCCCCUCCCCAUCCACCCCCUCAUACCCCUCCUCUUUAUCACACUCUUCCGAUUCGCGCCUCCCUCUCACGCCGCCCACACGAUCCCCCAUCCGUUCCCCGAUCUCACACUCCUCCCCUCUCUCCGCGUCCACCACUCCCGGGCGACACAGCCACCUCAGCACAGGCACCAGCAGCAGCAGCCACAGCCCAAACAGUGGCUCGGGAUCAGGUUCAGCGUCAGGUUCGGGAACAGGCUCGUUCCAGUUUAUCAACCAGUCGAUAGGUGCGGCCCAGCGUGCUCACAGGCUGGCGGCUCACUCCAUCCGCGUUAUAGGGCCCAAGAGGCUGGCCGCUGCUGUUGCAGCUGCCAAGCAGAAGCAGCAUCAGCAGGAGCGUGAGCAGGAACAGGGGCAGGGAAAGGAGCAGAUGAAGCAGGAGAAGGAGCAGGAGCAGGAACAGAAGGAAGGGCAGCAUCAGGAACAAAAGCAGCUGGAAGAGGAGCAGCAGCAGAAGCAGAAGCACAAGCGCCGAUACAGCCUGAAUGAUGGGGAGAACGUGAAGGGGCCAGGACUGGUCGGAGAGAGUGGGGAGGGCUACGAGGGGAGUAAGGGAGCAGAGGGAGAGGAGAGGGGUGAUGUAAGUAGAGAUGGGGUAGGAGGAGCUGAGGAGGAGACAAAAGCAGGGGUACCAGUCGCAACAGCGGCAGAAAUACCACCACCACCACCACCAGCAGCAGCAAUAGCUCGCACAAGAAAAGGGCCACCAAAGUCGGCUCCUCUAGUCCUUCCACCCGACCCUUCAGAGGGGCAUGCAGAGGGGCAUGCAGAGGGGCCAGAACCAUCACCCCACCUCGCAAGCCCAACCAACCUACUAGCCCAACAAACCCAACAAGCCCAACAAACUCAACUCACCUCCCCAUCCACUUCCACCCACGUGCCCACCCACACACACUCUCUCUCCCCAUCUCCGUCGCCCUCCCCGCGUUCUCGCAAGGCGCCAGGACCGGUGCAAACAACAGUGGAGGCGUGGGCGUGGCUGUUUGGUCGGGCGGUGUCGGCAGGGGGGAUGGUAGGGGCGGGAAUGCUGGGGAAGAAACAGGGGGGGCGCAAGGGGGGUGGUACAGGAGAAGGGGGAGAAGCGGAGGGGGAAGGGGCGGGGGAGGGUUCGGUGAAGAGUCGUGAGGGAGGGGGAGAGGUGAGGGUUGGAGGGGAGGGAGAGGAGGGAGGAGUAGAGGUAGGUUUGGAGCAGGGGAGAGAGAGUGUGGUAGAAGGUGUGGGUGCUGUAGGAAAGGGCGAAUUGAAUGGAGAAGAGGGGGUGGGGGAAGCAGGGGGGAGUGAUGGGGGGACUGUGGAACCAAGUAUGGUUGCCACAGCAACAGUUGCUUAG